AUGACGCAGCCCGUCGCGCAAGACAUGACCUCCUCCCAGUGGCUGAUCGUCCUCGUCACGGGGGCGAUCGUCCUCGUAACCGUGUACGCACGUCGACAAGCAAGACGCCAUCUCCCGCCUGGUCCUCACCCACUCCCUAUCAUUGGAAACGCUCUCGAUUUCCCAAAAUCGCAUCUGGGACGCGAGUUCCGCGACAUCUCGCUCAAGCACGGCGACGUCUCAUACCUCAAAGUUCUCGGGCAGUCUAUCAUUGUGAUCGGGUCAUACGAAGCCGCCUGCGAGAUUCUUGAAAAGCGGUCCGCGAACUACUCCAACCGUCCAGAGUCCGUCAUGGUCAACCGUACCAACCUCGACUGGAUGUUUGUAUUCCAAAACUACACCCCAGAAUGGCGCCAUUACCGCAAGGCAUUCCACGGCCAAUUCAUCCCCGCAAGACUCGCUUCGUACGAGCCACUUGUGACGCAAGUAAACCGCAUCCUCCUCAACAACCUCCUCUCCACCCCCGAAAAGUUCUCUGAACACUUGAAGCUCGCGUUCGCCGCAGCAAUUCUGCGCGUUGUGUACGGGAUCGACCCAGCAUCAUCCGCGCAGCCGUACGAGCUCGUCAAACGGCUCUCGCUCAUCGCGGAGGACAUCAGCACACCCGGACGGCACCCCGUUGAAGCGUUCUCCUUCAUGGAGCGCCUCCCCGACUGGUUCCCGUUGGGCACUGGAUACCGCAAGCUUGCGGAAGGGUGGCGGAAAGAGAUCGCGGAUGAGAAAUCGGGGAUCAAAGACUCGAUCCUGACAAGGUUGAUCGAAGACGGCGAGGACGAGAAACUAGCCCGGAACCUCACCGCGACGACAUAUGCCGGCGAACGCGACGAUGCACUCCUUAUGCUCGCGAUGGCCAAGUUCCCGGACGCCCAGCGCCGCGCUCAGGCCGAGCUCGACGCCGUCGUCGGGCAUGACCGCCUGCCGACGUUCGCGGACUCGCCCGCACUCCCGUACGUGCAUGCGCUCAUCCGCGAGACGGUCCGUUGGCACGUCGUCGCGCCGAUCGGCGUGCCGCACCGGUCGGAGCAGGACGACGAGUACGGCGGGUUCCUGAUCCCCAAGGGCUCGGUCGUGAUCACAAACGCGUGGGCAAUGUCCCGCGACGAGCGCUCGUACCCCGACCCAGAGGCGUUCCGGCCGGACCGCUUUUUGACCGACGGCAAGCUCGACUUCAGCGUCGCGCGCGAUCCGUUCGACUACAUUUUCGGGUUCGGACGGCGGAUAUGCCCGGGCAUGCAUUUCGCGGACCGGUCGCUCUUCAUCCACUGCGCGUCCAUUCUCCACACGAUGUUCAUUAGCCCCGCCUUGGAUGUGCGCGGACAGCCCAGGAGCCUCGACGUUCACAUGGGCAACGAGUUCGCUAUUGCACACAUUGCCCCCUUUCAGCUCCGCAUCACCCCGCGCGACUUGCGGAGGGCGGAACUCAUCCGAUCCUCGGUUUCUACAGCGGCGUAG